AUGUUCCAGAUGAAUUUAUGCCGGUUCAAUCGUUAUUUCACAACAAAUUCAUCAUUAUGGCAAUCAUCAAGCAAAAGCUUACUGGAAAAAUUACGUAAAAAAACAGGAUACACAUUUGUUAAUUGUAAAAAAGCAUUACAAUUACAUGACAAUGAUGUUGAUAAGGCAGAAGCUUGGUUAAAACAACAAGCUCAAGCGUUAGGAUGGUCAAAAGCUGAAAAAUUAAAAGGAAGAAUAACAGCCCAAGGAUUAGUAGCAGUUAUGGUUAACAAAAACUACGGUGCAUUGGUAGAAAUAAAUUGUGAAACAGAUUUCGUAGCUCGUAAUAAAACGUUUCACAGUUUUGCCGAGACAGUGGUAACAUCUGUCGUCAAUUAUUCGUCAAAAUUAAAAAAUUCAGAUACCACCGACACAAUUGGUGGAAGCCACAAAAUAUUACUAGACGGCGAAUUAUUAAAGGAAAUAUCAACUGAGGAUGGAAAAAAUUUAUCUGAUCAUGUCGCACUGACUAUCGGAAGUGUUGGAGAAAAUAUUUAUAUUAAACGUGCACUUUGUAUGAAUGUUAAUCAAGAUUUACAGUUAGUUGGGUGCACACACCCAGCUCCAGUUCAUCCAUUGCCAGUUUCUUUUGGCAAAUAUGGAGCUCUGUUAGCUUUUAAAUCAUCACCACCAAAUAAACUACUGGGAAUGCAGCUUUGUCAACAUAUCAUAGGAAUGAAUCCUAGUAAAAUUGGACACCCAGAUGUUGAUGCACCCAAUAAAAAUUCUGAUGAUGAAUCAACUCUAAUUUAUCAAGAAUAUUUACUGGACCCAACUAUCGAUGUCCAGCAGGCAUUGUUGGCUAAUCAAGCUGAAAUAAUUGAUUUCGCAAGAUUUGAAGUUGGCGAAAAACAAGAUUCACAUGAAACUGACUCAGAUGAUGUUCAAGUUAAAGAACCCGUUAAAACCUGCGGUUAA